AUGUCCCUGCUGGACUACUGGGAGACACAGCGCGGGAAGCGCAGAAAGGUGUCCGGCGAAUCUUACAAUGAAUCCUCUAUCGUUGACCAAGAGGCCCCACUGAGUCCUAGUCCGUCAGUGGAAGUGGCAGACACUCCCGCUCCAGCAUAUGAAGAUGCUGAAACUCAGAUUCCUCCGAGUAGCCAGACAGAUCUGGAGACAUCCCUCCCUCCGAUUAAGACAGAUGAUCAAGCUAUCGAGGAGUACGAAGCCUCUCACGCAGCAGAGCAGGAGGGCGACUCUGAACCAGGCCUCCACGUGAGGCUCCGAGACGGGGUCUGGCAGAAAGGACGAAGCUCGAUCUAUGUCGAUGCCUUCAAUCUCGCUUUGGAUACGGUGCUCGCCGAGGAAUCACACCUCUUUGACGAGGCCGAGAUGGAGGUUUUUAGACAGUGGAGAGAGCUGUCCUAUCAAUCCCACUCCUACUCUGAUAUUUCAGACGUGUCUGCAGUGGCUGCUGACCUGCAGCGGGAUCAGUGCUUGCCAAAGUCUGAGGAUGAAACCUCAGAUCUGAGCUCUACGUUUAGGUUUGCAGAUGGCACAAAGGAAAUUACCACGCUGGAGGAAGCCUCGUCAUUGCUUUUGCUCGAGGAACUGAAGGUCUUUGCUAAAGAAGCCAAAGUCCAGGGCAAGAGCAAGAAAGAGCUGGUUGCAGCUCUGCUUCAGUCCAGCCAGACUCAAACUGGACUUGGGUGGAAAGGGAACGAAACUCCUAGUAACAGGGACAGUCACUUUGUCCAGAAGAUUUUGGACUACACCGGAGACUGUAUCAGGCUUGCGGCAGGCCCUCGGGCACUCUUCGAACGGGUGCAUUUGGUGUUUUAUCGGUCGACCGAAUGGACUGAAAAGUCUCUUACCACCAUCAUCCUCGCGAAAAUAUCCCGGAGGAAUUUCCCCGAGUACAUUGUCUGCCGGUCCAACUCGAUUUUCCCAUCUAGAGCAACGUUGCUAGAAUUUGAGUCUGCAAUUCGGACACAAUACGCCGUCGACAAUAUUCUCGAGUUCAACGGACCCCCAACAACGGAGUCAUUACAGGAAAUAAUUGAUCUCGCAGACAAGUUCUAUCCGCGAUGGACAGAACUAGUGGAACAAGAACAGCAGAAAGAAGAUUCCAUCUACGAAAGUGGAGAGGGCGCGUAUCUUCGUCGCUUCUCGCCGGCUUGGGUGUAUACGAGGAUUAUCCACAAGAGUCUGCAUCCACUCGGCCGGUUUAAGGAGCAUAAGAGAGAGCAUGAGGUUCUCUGCAAGCUUCUCGCUCAGCGUCUUUUCCACGCUGCUCGGCGCGGAGCAUGGUAUCAGCGCAAAGCAUUGCUGGAAGAGCACUACAUGUGGGCACUCAUGCCGUCUGACGGCCAGAAUGAAGAGCAACAGCGCAAAUUUUGGAAACGAAACGCUCUGCGGACCUGCGAGGAAGGUCUGGAAGAUCCGCUCUGCCACCUGAUCUACCAUUAUGACCUGCAGAAGCGGAUCACGAAGCUCGAGAAAGCGCUGAAGGUCGUGAAGAGGGAACAGCAUGAUUUUGGGUAUGUCAUGUUGACCAAGCCCGCCGAGCGCACUAUUGAAGGCAUUCGCAUCGAGCGCGAGGACUCGCCUACGCGAACACCAGAUCCGCUUUCCAAGCGCGGCCGGCCAACGAUCUGGAUUGAUGAGCGAGAUGAAGGCGCCGAGUGUCGAGUAGAAAGUAUGUGUCUGAGUUGGUACCGGGACCAUGGCUGGAAAGGGUAUCAUUCUGAGGGCGGCAUAGUGAGAACAUUGGUAUGCACACUAUUAUCCCCGAUGCUCACCAUCAGGUACUGA